AUGGUGAAGCCGUCGACGAGUUUCUGGGUCACAAUGCAAAGGAAGAGAUUGGCUUUGAUGAUUUUGUUGGGUUUGUCUGUAUCAACGGUGGUGUUGAUUCUCGUGAGAUCUAGCUUUGAUUCCUGCAUCGUUGGUGGUAAGAUCAGCGACCACCGAUUCGUAGAGGAGAAGAUUCAAUCAGCUCCGAAUCCUCUAAAGUUCAUGAAAUCGAAGCUCGUUUUGUUAGUCUCACACGAGCUUUCUCUCUCAGGUGGACCUUUGUUGUUAAUGGAAUUGGCGUUUUUGUUAAGAGAAGUUGAUGCUGAAGUUGUUUGGAUCACUAAUCAGAAACCACUUGAAGCUGAUGAAGUUAUCUACAGUUUAGAACACAAGAUGUUGGAUCGAGGUGUGCAGGUUAGCUCUGCAAAGAGUCAGAAAGCUAUAGAUACAGCUCUCAAGGCUGAUUUGAUUGUUCUAAAUACCGCUGUGGCUGGGAAAUGGCUCGAUGCGGUUCUGAAGGAAAAUGUUGUUAAAGUUCUACCUAAGAUCCUCUGGUGGAUUCAUGAGAUGAGGGGACACUAUUUCAAACCGGAUUUGGUCAAACACCUCCCUUUUGUUGCAGGGGCUAUGAUUGAUUCAGACGCAACGGCUGAAUACUGGAAAAACAGAACGCAAGCUCGCCUAGGGAUUAAAAUGCCCAAAACAUACGUCGUGCAUUUAGGAAAUAGCAAGGAAUUGAUGGAAGUAGCUGAAGAUAGUGUUGCCAAGAGAGUUCUCCGUGAGCACGUCCGUGAAUCUCUUGGAGUGAGGAAUGAAGACUUACUAUUUGGCAUUAUUAAUAGUGUAUCGCGUGGGAAAGGUCAAGAUCUAUUUCUCCGAGCCUUCCAGGAAAGUCUUGAAAUAAUAAAAGAGAAGAAACUUCAGGUACCAACAAUGCAUGCAGUAGUAGUAGGAAGCGACAUGAGCAAACAGACAAAGUUCGAGACAGAACUACGGAACUUUGUCCAAGAGAAGAAACUUCAGAACUAUGUUCACUUUGUCAACAAAACCCUUACCGUAGCUCCAUAUAUAGCAGCCAUUGACGUUCUUGUCCAAAACUCCCAAGCCAGAGGAGAAUGCUUUGGUAGAAUAACCAUCGAAGCCAUGGCUUUUAAGCUUCCUGUACUUGGUACUGCAGCCGGAGGUACAAUGGAGAUUGUGGUGAACGGAAAAACUGGUCUGUUACACAGUGCGGGGAAAGAAGGCGUGAUACCUCUCGCCAAGAACAUAGUGAAAUUGGCGACGCAAGUUGAGUUACGGCUAACAAUGGGAAAAAAUGGGUAUGAGAGAGUAAAGGAGAUGUUUUUAGAACAUCAUAUGUCGCAUCGAAUAGCUUCGGUUCUCAGAGAAGUGUUGCAACACGCAAAGGCUCAAAGCUUUACGAUGAGAUCAGAUCAUUAUUGA